GCUGCUACAGGACUACAAAGGUUUUUUAAAAACUACACAACCCAGCGUUCUAGCACUUCCGGUGAGUGUUGCGUCACGGUAUCCAGAGUCGUAACUGACUUCACUAGCAAGGUGGUCUCUUGCCACAGCCUCUGAUGCUUCCUGCUGUCCUCCGCUGUGUUCGGCCCAUCUCUUCCAGCCUUGCCUUAAGCCGGCCUCUGGCCCACUUCAGACCACACAUGGAUCCAGACCCAAACCGACCCGUAGAGAGGUCUAUCAGAACCAAACUGACCGACCAACUUAAGCCGGACCAUUUGGAGGUCCACAAUGAAAGCCACAUGCAUGCCGUGCCCCCCGGCUCUGAAUCCCAUUUCCGUGUCCUGGUUGUCAGCUCCCUGUUUGAGGGCCUGCCAUUGAUAAAGCGCCACCGUCUGGUUAAUGAGGCUCUGAAGGAAGAGUUGAGCAGCUGCGUUCAUGCACUGGCUAUCCAGGCAAAGACUCCUGAGCAGUGGGGGAGUAAUCCCUCUGUGGCCAAAAGUCCACCUUGCAUGGGGGGCUCGAAGGGAGAUCACACAGUGGAGGAGAAGCUGAAGGCCGGGCGGAGUGAGAGUUGGACUCAUGAAGCUGUUGAACUGAACUGUGAUGAAGAGAGGUGAAUGCUGCACUCGAAGUAGACGUACACCAAACCCCUCUCCACCAUGUCCAGUCUGCACUGGUGAUGGAUCUGUCGCCGGCCCUGGGUCUGGUCCAUAUGGCCUGGUGGGUGCAGCAGGUCAGUGGGAUCCCACCUUGGCAGCGCUGCUCCUGCGUCAGAGCCCCAGGACAGAUGGUGCCAGGCUGGGCUGAGACUUUGGGCAGGGAAGGGUUCCCGCGAUGAACAGCCACUGAUUUACGCCAUGGCUCCGGACCGAGGGCAGGGGUGCGGGG